UCCCAGAUGGUCACGUGGACGUGUGUCACUCUGUAGAACUCGCGAUACCUUAGUACGGGAUUCACACUCGACGACGCAAACAAGAAUGUCGUCUUCCUGAACGUCCAUGUGGCCCCCAGGUUUCAGAGGAAUUCAAACUAUAUGAUCUUUUAUAAAUUAUAAGUUUAAGUAAUUCGGCUAGAAAAGCUGUCAAUAGGAGUCCAACAUGCAGCACGACGAUGUGAUUUGGGACAUCAUCGGCAACAACUCAUUCUGCUCCUUUAAAGUCAAGACGAAGAGUCAGAACUUCUGUCGUAAUGAGUACAACAUCACAGGGCUGUGCACGCGGCAGGCCUGUCCACUUGCCAACAGCCAGUACGCCACCAUCCGAGAGGAGAAGGGUCAGUGUUUCCUGUACAUGAAGGUGAUUGAAAGGGCGGCUUUCCCCGCUAGGAUGUGGGAAAAGGUGAAGUUGAGCAAGAACUAUGAGAAGGCCCUGGAGCAGAUCGAUGAGAGUUUGAUCUACUGGCCGCGGUUCCUCAGACAUAAAUGUAAACAGCGCUUCACGAAGAUCACCCAGUACCUGAUCCGCAUCCGCAAGCUCACACUCAAACGACAGAGGAAGUUGGUUCCCCUCAGCAGGAAGGUAGAAAGGAGAGAGAAGAGGAAAGAGGAGAAAGCCUUGAUCGCCGCUCAGCUGGACAAUGCCAUCGAGAAAGAGCUGCUGGAUCGCCUCAAGCAGGGAACGUAUGGGGACAUCUAUAACUUCCCAGUGCACGCCUUCGACAAAGCUCUGGAUCAGCAGCAGGAGGACAGCCAAUCGGAGUCGGAUGAAGAGGAGGACGAGGAGGACGAUGAGGAUGUGGGGAAGAGGGAGUUUGUUGCAGAAGACGAGGUGGAGGAGAGCGACCUCAGUGACUUUGAGGAGAUGAACAAACUGAAGGGCAGCAGUGAUGAAGAGGAGGGUGAGGACAACUCGAGUGAUGAGGAAUCUGAGGAGGAAGAGAUGGAGGUUGAGACAAAGGGCUCCAAGGCGAAAGGAAAGAGUCCGGCCAAGGGCCCAGCCCCCAAAAAGAGAAGGGCCUAUGUGGAGAUCGAAUAUGAACAGGAGACGGAGCCUACCGCCAAGAGCAAAGCCACGUAACGCAGUAACAGAUUGCCUGCCCUCUGGCUGCCAACUGGGACUGAACCCAAGGCUGGGGUUCCCAGGUGGAGCCUGCUGGGCUGAUGGACUUGACGGGGUAUCUGCUACCCUUAUUUUAUGUUUUUAUAAACAUUAAAGAAUGACGCUCAGUCCCCUGGGAGAUUACGCAUCAACCACAUUCUGCUUCAGUCAGCAGCCAUAUUGGACUCAGACCGUCAAACCCGCUGAGUUUUAUACACAGUCCCUAACCAAUUAGAGGGGUUACCUGAAUAUUAUUUGUUUUGACCCAGAGGAAAUUCUCUAAUAUAGCCAGCAGCUCAGUUUGUUCAAUGUUUUCCCAAAUAAAGAUAAAUUGAUGUGCAAA